GGACCCUUGUUGUCCAGCGAUGGCUACGAAUGCUCUCCGCGCUCAGGUAGCUGCAAAAUGGCAGGAAUCAUUUGGAAGAUUGAACCACGGAGAACCUGGUAUAUCUGGUCUUAUAGCCCUCAGCGAGGCAUGGAAUCUUGCUACAGACGUUCUGCGCCCAUAUAAUAUCAACAGCAUGUCUCCUCCUCCCGUUUACAGCAUGGAUAAGGUCAGGGCUGCGUUUGAAUUAAUUAAUACUUGUAGGAGGCUGCCCGUGCUUUUAGAGGCUUUCGUUGAUGACCUGCACAAGCAUCAAUCUUGGAUAACAGAUGAUGUGAAAGAACACAUGGCACAGUAUGAGGAAACAUCCGAUCCAGAUAUCAUACAGAAACUAGUAUACCGCCUCGCUGAAUGGUAUAAGGCGUGGGCACCCAUGCCAGAACUAGGUCACAUCGUCACGUCCACUUACAUCCUCACUUUUCAGACUCACAUCUUUUCCAUCCUCCCACCUUCUUUUGCCAAGGGAAUCAAAUCUCUCGUUGCUGCCACUCUGGAGCACACCUCUUCCGAGCCUUCAUCUCAUCUCCACCCUUCUAUUUGGCCUGCGUUUGAGACUCUCGGUCUCAUUGAACGAUAUGAAAACCUUAUUGCGAGUGUUGGCUAUGAGCACAUCGAAUCGUACGUACUCGACACAUGCACGGAGAAAUGGGACGAGCCCAUGUUAGGCGAUCUUCGAGACUGGAUGGCGGACAGAAUAGUACCCUGGAUGAUUAUGCCUUAUGCUCGAGGUGCCACCUCUGCCGACGAAGCUCGAUCCAUGAUGCAAGGCGUGGGCUCAAGAUUCGAUUUCCAUAUGCAUAAGACGCUAUGUGAUUUACGCACAAAGGAAAUUUUUGAUAUCAUAGUUGACCACCCUGAUUCUGCUGGAGCAUUGCAAGAUCUCAAGGAAUGUCUUCAAAGGGUGGAUCAGCGUGCUGAGCUAGUUCAGUCCCUUCGAUCCGCAAACCAAAGACGUUUGCUGCAUCCAGGAGCUGACACAAAAGAUAUCCUUGCGCAAUAUGUCUCCACGAUAAGAUGCUUAAGAGUCAUAGACCCACCUGGUGUUUUGUUAUUUAAAGUCGCGGAUCCGAUCAGGAAAUAUCUGCGCGAUCGACCAGAUACAAUAAGAUGUAUCGUGGCAAGCCUAGUUGGAGAUGAAGAGAGUGGAGACUCACUUGUCGAUGAUAACGAGCCUAUCCAGCCGCUGCAGCAGCCGGAAGUAGAGGAUUAUACCGACCCAGAGUGGAACCCAGAGCCUGUCGAUGCUGGACCAGAAUUUCGUGCUAACAAAACGAGCGAUAUUAUCAGUACUCUUGUCAGCAUCUACGAUUCCAAGGAUCUAUUCAUCAAGGAACUGCAGGUAUUACUUGCUCAACGUUUGCUUAUCAUUAAAGACGGGAAUUACGACAAGGAGCGUCGUAAUAUUGAAAUCUUGAAAAUUCGUUUCGGUGAAGCAGCGCUACAAGUAUGUGAGGUCAUGUUGAGGGAUAUGACGGACUCUCGGAGAAUAGACCAACACGUUCAAUCGCAGAAGACUAGCUGUGUGCACCCCACAAUAAUCUCUCAGCACUUCUGGCCCACCCUUGAAUCGAGUGAUAUUUCCAUGCCUGGUCAACUCAAAGAACUACAAGAGAAUUAUGCUAAGGAGUUCUCGACGUUCAAACCUGACAAAAGGCUCCGGUGGCUAUCUCAUCUCGGUCGAGUUCAUCUGGAACUUGAGUUGGAAGACCGAAAGGUAGAAGCCGACGUAACGCCUCUAGAGGCUGCCUUCAUCGAGCUAUUUUCAGAAAAAGAUGUCUGGACCUUGGACGAGCUCAUUUCUCGUGUUGGGCCAAUAAACCGAAAUAUGGCAUCAAAAGCACUUGCAACGUGGGUUGACAUGGGUGUUUUAAAAGAGGACGAAGAGAAUAUCUUUAGGCUCUUAGAGAUAGCUGAAGAGCCUACCUCUGGUUCACAAGCCCCUAUAAUAAGAACAGCUCCACCAGUUGAGGAGCUUCCUCCUGUGAUGAGUGUACAACAACAGCAAGCAGAACAAAUGAAAGUGUAUUGGAAGUUCAUUGAAGGGAUGCUUACAAACCUCGGUUCACUCAGUUUGGAUCGAAUACAAACCAUGCUCAAAUUUGCGCCUGGUUAUGAUCGAACAAUUGAUCAGCUGGGGAGCUUUAUGGAGGGUGCUAAAAGAGAGGGUUUAGUAACGUUCAAAGAUGGAAUGUGGAAGCUCGGUCGAUGAAAAAAUAUAACUGUAUUCUAGGGCAAUUGAUUCAGAACAUUCUGAGAU